CUCAUUACUCAUUAGUACUACUAAUUAAUUUCACUCUAUUUUCCCCAAUCAUUUCCAUCAAAAUUCAUCGUCACUAAAAAUAAUCAUACAAAAAAUGACUGGCUCGGGAUCACCAUGUGGUGCUUGCAAGUUCUUGAGAAGAAAAUGUGUGAGAGGAUGUGUUUUUGCACCUUAUUUCUGCCAUGAACAAGGAGCUGCUCAUUUUGCAGCUAUACACAAAGUCUUUGGUGCCAGCAAUGUUUCAAAACUUCUUGCUCACUUGCCCGUAAGUGAUCGCUGCGAAGCCGCGGUAACGAUCUCUUAUGAAGCUCAAGCAAGGCUGCAGGAUCCAAUUUAUGGCUGUGUUUCCCACAUCUUUGCCCUUCAGCAACAGGUUGUGAGUCUACAAGCUCAACUGGCAUUUCUCAAAGAACAAGCUGCAGGGCAAUCAUUUGGUAAUGGCUACAGUAGUAGUGGAAACCCUAAUGAAAAAUCCCAAGGGAAAUACAUGCCUAAUCUUUCACAAGACUUGCAAAGCUGGUUUCAGCAGGGAAAUUGUGGCAACAACUUUUCCCGUUUUGAUUCCAACAACUUGUCACAUAAUUAUAACCAGAGUGGGAGCAUGAGUCAAAGCUCAAUGUCAAACUGUCAAAAUUAUUCAGCUUUCCAAGGGGAUAACAUCUCAUCAGCAAACUAUGAAGAGGGCUCUCAAUCAAUGGACUCAUUUGAAAUACAAACAAGGGAGGAACACCAAUGGGGUGCAUAUCCAGAUGACAAUAUGGAAGAUCUGCAGUCAGUGGCCUUCAGAUACAUCCAUCAUUAAUCUUCAAGAAAAUUCAGGGUUAGCUAGAAAAUUACAUAUAGCUUUACAAUUAUAAGUAAUUAUGAGAUCAGAAAGGGUUGAAGAUAAGAUAAUUUUGGUUGUUGUCUUGCAUUCAAGCAUGCAAUUUUCUGAGCUGCCAUAAAUUUUGUCAGCUAUAGAAACCCUAGAAAUGUUCUCCUCAUGAUCAGAAGCCUAGAAAUUCAACCUAUGAUUGUUUCCUAGCUUAUAUCUUUUCUCAGCUCUGGAUAGGUUGAAUUAAUGAUUGUACACUAGCUCUCUUAAAUCUAUAAAUAUGUCUUCUCGUGCAGACAAAUUCCACUUUCUUAAAA